UUGAUUUCCAUAAAUGUUAACUUGGUUUAUCCUUUUAUCUUCAAAAUUCAAUUCCGAUAGAUUUAUGUAUACUUCGGCCUCUUCACAUGUAAGAUAUCAUAUGAUAUCUGUUAUAACUUGGAACAAAUACAGAAGGAUAUCUUGUGCCAACAAUAGUAAUACAUAUGUGUGUGUAUAUAUAGUACCAGAAACACAAAAACCAAGUUAAUAAAACAAAACAUCUAAACAUCUAACCAGAACAAUAAAAAUAAAAUAAUGAAAAACCUUUCAGUAUUUCUAUUUGUUUUUAGCAUUUACAUUCUUGGCCAUGUAUCCGGCACUGGAAUCACAAUCACGAACGAACUCCAAUUCAAGAAACUCCUCUGGAUGAGGUGUUAUUCCAAAGAUGACGUAAUAGGUCCAAAAGUACUAUCAAUCGGACAGCAAUAUGAAAAUUCUUUUCGUGCUAACAUUUGGGGUACGACUCGUUUCAUGUGUACAUUGAAACAAGGACCUAAUUAUAAACACUAUCAAAAUUUUACAGCAUUUAAGCAAUAUACUGGUUAUGAUAAUGGAGCCGAUUGGGAUUGGAGAGCCAGAGAAGAUGGAAUCUAUUUAAAGAAAGAAGGUGGAAUAAGAAAAUCGGUUGAUAUGCAUAAAGUAUAUGAUUGGAUAAAUUAAAAAUGUUAACAAGCUAUCGGAGAACA